GAAGUUUAAAAGGUGUUGCAAAUUCAUGGCAGCACUUUAUUUUACAGUAUGUACUUAAUGGGUUAGGGCUACCACCUAAAGAUUAAGCAGACAGGAGUACUUAAGAGUAAAUGCAUGUAUUGUUAAAAAAGUGCAACCAAAUGUAUCUCACUGGGAAAGUCUUUGUGUCACUUAUUACUACUUCUAUGAAGUGAAUUGUUACCCGUUGCGAAAGUCUUCAUGAAAUGAAGCACAACCUUAAAAAUGUAUGACAGUGUGCGCUAUGCCAGUCCCGCCCACACUCAGAUUCCUUUCUGUACCUGGAUUACUCUCGUUUAAACUAGCAGGUAUUUUAUUUGAAUACAGAUCUUAAACGUAUAUGUAUUGCUCUUGGUCUUUUUUUAUCCAGGCAGUAAACACUGUAGUUGUUUUUAAUUCAAUUCUUGCGGAAGAUCGUGUCGUUUCAUCCUCUGGCAUCGCUGCAACUCUCCGAGAUCGAGCUGACGCGCAUUCGAGUUUCGAGUGUGACUGAACCACCGCACAGACGAUCGACUGUUCUUCAAAUACAGCGGGACCACAUUCUCUGCAAUAAAACUACGUGUAAAACGGGAAACAGUAGUAAAUAUAUGUUUCUAAAACUAUUUAUCUUAUGGCAAAUCAUGAAAAGAACAAAAAGACGCUUCUAGAGUUGGCAAAGCUUACAGAGAACAGCAACUGUGCCGAUUGCGGAGUGCCAGAUCCAGACUGGGCUUCAUAUACACUGGGAAUAUUUGUGUGUCUGAACUGUUCAGGAACUCAUCGCAAUCUUCCCAGUGUGAGUCGCAUCAAGUCCAUACGCUUAGACUUCUGGGAUGAUGAGCUUGUGCAGUUCAUGAAGGCCAAUGGAAACGGUACAGCCAAAAACUUCUAUGAGAAAUGUAUCCCUGUCUUUUAUUAUCAGCCCCGGACAGAAGAUUGCGAGGUUCUGAAAGAACAAUGGAUUCGGGCCAAAUACGAAAGAAUGGAGUUUACAGAGCAAAAUAAAGAAAGACCCUAUACAGCAGGUGUAUAUAAGGGCAUGUUGUGGAAGAAAGGGAAGGAUAACGGACAGUUUCUUGAGAGGAAGUUUGUUCUUUCUGUGCACGAUUUUACCCUGAAGUACUACAAGGAUGAUGAAUCUAAAGGGCCAAAGGCCAUCAUCUCUGUGAAGGACCUCAAUGCAACAUUCCAGCCUGUAAAGAUAGGACAUGCUCAUGGCCUUCAAAUCACCUACUGUGUGGAUGAUCACACCCAAAAUCUUUUCGUUUACCAUAAAAAUGGACAGGAAAUUGUCAAUUGGUUUAAUGCAAUUAGAGCUAUUCGCCACACCUACCUGAAGACGGCCUGUCCUACAGCUAGUGAUGAAGAUGUAAAACCAUGGAUCACCAGAAACUAUCUAAAAGAAGGUUACAUGGAAAAAACUGGCCCACUGCAACGAGAGCCAUUCAAGAAAAGAUGGUUCGUCUUGGAUUACCUGGACAGAAAACUAAUCUAUUUCAAAACACAGCUGGAUGCUGGUGAGCUUGGGGUUGUUUUCAUUGGCUCAGAGCAACAUGGGUAUUCAGUGAGAGAGUGUGUGCCUAAAGGGACGAGAGGCAACAAAUGGAAAUGUGGGGUAAUUGUGGAGACGCCAGAUCGACAAUUCGUCUUUAUGUGUCAGCAAGAGCGCGAACAAAAGGAGUGGGUGGAGGCCUUGACAAAAGUCAUUUCAAAACCCAUGCUGCCACAGGAUUACACCACUGAAGCCAAUAUCCGGAGACGUAGAUGAAUUUAAAGAUGAGGACUCAGAGGACAACGCAUGAUUGGAAUCUGUCCCUUAAUCUAAUUUUAUCAACCUUGUUUAGAAAUCUAGGGUUAGAUCAGCUGAUCUUGGAUGAUCCCAGACAUCUUUUACUCAAAGGGAACCUGGGGCAGAAUAUGACUUCUAACUUUUGGAUAAAAAAUAAAAAACAACAGAUAAUAACUUGAGUGACCAUCUAUUUAAACGGAAGACAUUUCUGUAAAUGGCAGAAAGUCAGAGAAGACAACAGUGGUGGUGACGAACAAAUGGUUGAUUCUGCAUCAUGGGGUGGACUACUUUCUGAAGAUGGAUCUUGGCUAUUUAUAUAACAAGAGAUCCUUAAAGAUGCCAUGACCUGAAGCACAUCUUGGGCCUGCGACAUCUAAACCUGUGCGAGAGAACUGAUUAAGACUUGUUGAGAUUGAACUGUACUGUAUCUUAUCGAUACACAGAAUGAAAGUUCAUUAGCAAGGAUUAUUGUGCAUUGCCAUGUGCACUCAUGGUAAAGAAGAAUGGAAGAACAUGUAAGAGUUCUGGAAAUGAUGCAUAUGAACACAUUGGCUUAUAACUAAGUUUGGCUGUUUUUGUUGUCUAACUUAUAGUCAUUUUGUUUAAUAAACAUUGGCUAUUAAAAUUAAAAAGGUAAACAUUUAAAAGGUUUAUUAAAUGUCUGGUGUAAAUUGUUCAUUUAUAUAACAUAUACCUUAAAAUAGCGUAGUAAACUGUAUACUAUUAAUCUGAACUAAUAACUUAAUGCUUUCUGUUUUUAUAAGGGACAGGUUUUGUUUAUAGAUGUGGAAAUAUUAUUUAUAUUUAAAAAUAGUUUCAUUGGAAAUGUCAAAUUACAUAAC